AAUUAGGCUGGGGAGACUAAGUGAAGAGUUUCUUCCAUUCCCACACCCAAGAGCCGCAGCGAAGGUCUCCCAUGCAGCUGCAGCCCCGUUAGUGGGAUAUAAUCCUUUUUUGCCUUCAUAAGUAGUGCUGGUUCCUCGCUACCCCCGGCGGUGUUGUUCCGGUCGUUAAUAUUUGGCUUCCAGCUCCAUGCAACAAUGGAAUGAACCAAACAAGAAAAAAAAAAUAUCAAUCAUUUAUCCGAGUCAAGAUCUCUCACUCUCGUAUCGUGCCGUAUAAUUUCUAGACUUGUGUGCAAUUUCUGCCUCUCCUUCAACCACAGGCUAUCGCCACCAUGUCGAAGAUGAACUCGCUCUCCAAGGCCUUGGAAAAGGUCAAUCUCAACGACGCCGCCCCCUCCUCAAGCAGAAAACCGAAACCCCAGCGAAUACGACGUCCCAAAAACGCUCCUGUCGAGCCGUUCCGCUUCUUCGACCUUCCCUCAGAAAUCCGUCUACGCAUCUACCACUUCGUGCUUUUCACGCCCCGGCGCAGACGCACCCUGCGAACCACCGGCAAUGUCGGCGCCUCGUCCAAACGAAACCCCCCGCUCUCUCCCACCUCGCAUCGAGUCGCCCUGUUCCUGACCUCCCGGCGCAUGCACAAUGAAGCCUCCGACUAUUUCUACUCCACCCAGACUUUCCGCCUCUUCCAUAUCCAGGAUUACUCGCGCAUGCCGACCAUCCGCGCCAUCGCGCCACAGUACCGCCCCUCCAUCGCCACCAUCGAGUUGAUUCUGGGAUCGAGCUGGACCGCGCCACCCCAGGAAUGGACGGUCAACCGCAGCCUAGGAUUGGAGGAGAUGGUUCGGAUCCGCACAUUCAAGGUGUUUAUCGAGUGCGACCCGUCGCAUCCGGUGUUCGAGGGCUUCCGGAUCUCGAAGGACUACUAUACGGAUUUUGCGGGCGAUCUGCUGAACGAGGUACUGUCGAAGCUGCCGAAUCUGGAAUACGUCGAGUUCGAUGCGUGGCCGUCGGUGCGGAAGAGCGGGGCGCUGAUGAAGCGGUUGAUGGAGGAGGUCAGGGCAGCGGGGAGGAAGAUCGCCUGGGGUCCGGACCGCGGCUGGACGGACCACGAUGGAGAGGAAUUCAGUGACGAUGUGUACGGUAUCAAGGCGCAUGAGAAGGCGCAAGAGCAGGCGAAACUGGAAAAGGAUCGACUGAUGAAGGCCCAAGAGGAGGCCAGGGAAUUGGCCCGCUUGAAUGGGUUUCCACCGCCGCAGACGCUGCCGUUGCUGAGCUCUUAUCUUUAUGAUUGAUCUACGAUGAUAUGAACACGACGCUGGAUUGGGUUGGUUUUCAUCUGCGGGACUGCGGGAGUUGUGAUACUUCGUUUUGGGCUAUGUUUACUAUAGACGCAUAUAUAUCAGCUAUAUAGAUGAUUCUAGACAAUUG